UGUAUUCUUAACUUCAGCUUGAACAAAUUACCCUACACGGCUGUCAUGUUUUUUAUUGGAACAGUGAUGGGUAUUGGAGCGGAACUUUUGGAUGAUUCUGAGGACCAGCUCAACGAAAGUAUUCGUUUGUGGAUUCCCAUUGAUAGCGAGGUGCUGCUGCUGGUUUUUCUACCUGGCCUCAUUUUCAAGGAUUCUCUGGGCCAGAAUGUGCACCUUUUUCAAAAAUCGAUUGUCCAAUUGCUUAUAUUUGCCUUCCCAUUGGUUUUGGCCGGAACUGUUUUGACGGCUCUCAUUGCCUACUACAUUUUCCCUUACGGCUGGUCUUUCAAUCUUGCCAUGACCUUUGGGAGCAUCCUUUCCGCCACCGAUCCCGUGGCGGUGGCGGCCCUUUUGGAAGAAGUAGGAGCACCGCCCCGACUUAAAGUCCACAUUGCUGGGGAAAGUUUGCUGAACGAUGGAGCCGCGAUUGUCUUUUUCUCCAUCUUUGUGGCGCGAUAUCUUUUCGAGCUCGGGAUCGAAGGUGUCGGAGAAGAUGUAGAUUGGGGGAGAGGUGUCGCUAUGUUUUGCCAAAAAGCCAUUGGCGGUGUUUGCAUUGGUAUAUUCUUUGGUCUGGGGCUUCUCACCAUUCUCUUUCUUUUGAAGCGUCGCUUCAAUCGCGAAGAAAAUGUUGUCGAAGUGACGGCAACUAUUGCUAUUGCCUACAUUGGCUACUAUGUUGCGGACGCUGUAUGGGCCACGAGUGGUGUGAUUGCCACUGUCACGCUGGGUCUGAUGAUCAAGUUUUUAGGUCGUGCCAUGUUCAACGAUGCCAAAUUGCUCGAGGAUUUCUGGACGUUGGUGGAACAUUUACUGAACACAAUUUUGUUUACACUUGGCGGAACUGUAUGGGCUGUGAUUGCCAAUGGUGGAAAGGAGAAAUUGUUCACAGGCCGUGACUGGGGCUAUCUCGUUUUGCUCUACAUCUUCCUCACAGUUAUUCGGGCUUUCCUUUUCGCAAGUGUGUAUCCACUAACAAGCCGCAUCGGUUUGAAGGGUUCACCACAAGAAACCAUAUUUUCCAUUUAUGGUGGGCUUCGGGGGGCGGUCGGUUUAGCCCUCGCUCUC